AACACAUCGAAAUGCAUACGAAUAGCUGUUUUAAUGUGAACUUCUGUUAUUCCUAUUUAUGCAUAUAAUUAAAGAAAGAUCGCAGUUAACGAUCGCCUUGAACUGUUUUGUUUGUUACAAGUUUCAAUUUGUUUUAUGAAUUACAAAGUUUAAAAUUGAACCAGUCGUACUACGGCAUGUGUAUCAUGUGUAUACCUGGAUACCAAGCGCUUUUACACGACAAAGCUUUUGCCUUGUUGUGUUGUCAUAUUCAUCUAUUAAAAACAUUUUUUUUAUAAUAAUGAUUUAUUAAUUGCAUUUUGUCAUCCACUAUGCGUUCAUAUAUAUAUACAGGAUCUGGCACGAGAUGUAAUAUCAUACCAUAUUUUAUUAACCGAGUUCAUGAAUUUUGUUAGUAAACUCGCCUUUACUAACGAAUUUCCUGGACGAGUUUAAUAAAAUAUGGUAUGAUAUGACCACGAGUGUAAGAUCUUUUUUAUCACAUGCUUAUAUAUUAGAGUACAUCCUGUUAUAGUACAGUCUCUUCUUGUAAUUAAAACCAAAAUUUAAAAUAGCUAAACAGACUGACACCAAAACCUAAAAGAAAACGUUUAUAGUUUAUUUAAUAGGACAAUAUACAAUGAUAUCAUACAAUUAUAUUUUUGGCGUUUGUUUCUGUUUAAAAUUUGUUAAAAUCUAUAUUUUAUCGAAAAGUGUAUAUCGAUUGCCUCUAUCGUAUUUUAACGCAGUCGCAUAUUAAGAAAUUGUAAACCCAAACUGAAGUUCGCUCCAUAUCUCUUUUAUCAUCGGACGACCGUGUUGAAUCUUCAAAUUAUCGAGAAGGUGUACCAAAGGCAUGAUUAAGUUUCGGCAAUGCAAUGUCAAACAUCACUAUCAAAUAUGGACACAACUGUUGGACACAAAACAGAGGGCAUCGAUCGAGUAUCGACUGACGAUUAUAACGACAUUCCAAACGAGGAAAAUAUGAACAAGAGAAUGUAUUUCAAUCGAUUUCUAUUUACGAACGUGUAAAUAAAACGAACUCUGCUUUGAACAAUACACCGGGAGAAGGGCAUGUGAAUGUGCAAUCAACUUGGAAGAAGAUUGAAGAAAUAGAGACGGAAUUGAAAACGACUACCCAGCGCAUGAAUGACAUUCAAAGCAAAUGGUCGGUCAUCUGUUUUAGUUAACAAAAAACAACAACAACAAACAACCAAUACGGUUUUAAUAAUCCUGCUCGUUAACCGGAAUAGUACAUAUAAUUCGUGACUUACCUUUUGUCUUAACAGGGAGAUAACAAUCAACGAAAAUAUGGAACAAGAGAAGAAUGACUUUUCACAAGUCAUAAUGAAAACAAAGAACGAUGGGGUUCUAAAAUGAGUGAACAAGAUCGACAAAGAGCUUUGGAAAAGUUACAUCAACAAGAACGCGUCAUUUCCGAAGUAAAGGAUGCGUACAACUAUAGAGCUGACCACUUUAAAUGCUCGCUGGAGGACUUUCAAAAUAGGAAAGAUGAUAUUAUUCGCAAAGCUGAGGAACGGGGAAGAAUGGAAACUAUUCAACAAAUUCAACAAGUUAAGGAGAUGAUAUCACGAUGCGAAAGCAACGAACGAAUGAUGUCAAAAGAAAUUGACGAAAUGAUCGAAGAAAAAAACAUACUUAAAAACAAAAUUGUCUCAUUGGAGAAUUCCUCAAACGACCUGGAUAAAAUCAAAAGCAGGACUGCAUUUUUCGUUGAAGAAGUGAGAAAACGAGACAAGUACAUACAGUAUUUAGAGCAAAGGCUGCUGCUAUCGAGACAGACAGCUGAACGUCUAUCACAUUUCGAUGGGAGAAAUUUCCACGAAUACAGAAACAUAAUCUCAAACUGGCAGCAGCAAGAUGCUGCUUUUGAUAUUGAAAGUGACGCGAUCAAACGACGAUUCUUGAAGAAGAGGGAACAGUCGCUGAUAGAGACCUUGAUAUGGGCCCAAAAAGCUGUAAACGCUAUCCCCGCCGAUUGCAAAUACAUAGACGAUUUCAGACAAAUUGACGUGUACUUGAUCUCCAAGACUGACGCUUAUCAACAAGACAUCAUACAUGGAAGGGAUAGGUCACUCAUCGAAACCAUAACGGAAGUGCAAUCAAGAGUUUCCCAUCUGCCAGGAGAAUGCAUGCAUAAACUUGAUUUCAGCCAAAUGAGCCGCACCUUAGAAAACGCUCUAGGAGGUAACUUUUCGGGAAUUCAAACGGAUAUGGUUUUCAAGUCUGAUUAUGUAGUUAACCAACCACAAGCACAAUAUGUACAGCAACCACGAAAUGCACAGCAGACAAACGACAACUGUAGUUUGCAGUCAACCAAGGAGAAAAUCUCGACGACUCACCCAGUUAUUCAAGCCUUAAAAUUAAAGUGUCAGUUACUUUUGAAGUAUUUUCAUUAAAAAUGUACUCGAUGCUUUUUAAUGACGCUGAAAUCAAUAUUAUUAGUAAAUGGCAGAUAAUGUUUUGUAACAUACGUACCUUAGACGUACUUGGAAUUGAUGUCGCUCAAUUUUAGAAACAAAGAUGACAUUCAUUAACGUUUAAACAAAAAAAUAGCAUUCCUUUUUGUUUGAAUAUUCGAAUCUGGUGGAGUUAAAAAUCAAUAAAUAUUUUCUUUCUUUCUAAAAGAAAAUGCAUUGAAACAAAUUAAAAAAAAUAAGUUUAUGCAUUUUUAUGAAAAUUUAUUUUAUUCAUAAUUUUUGUUGCGUUAUUCUAUUAUUAAUAUUUUCAUGUGUAUGUCCUGCAAAUAGUUGAUAUAUUAGUGCAACCAUAACACAACCAUCACAAACGGAGUUUCACAAUCUCAAAUCUACACAAACCAUAAAGUUUUGCAACCUAAAUGCCAUGUAUGUAGCGAUUGUAGCUAACACAUAUUUUUAUAUACGUGUUUGGAAGUUUGUUCGUUUUCGUUUUUUUUAUUGAUAACUUGUGCAUUGUUUGGGAUGAAAAAAAUAAGGAUAUAUUCUUGGCUAUGUUGUUUUGCGAGUACUAUAUUGAUACGAGGAAACCGGUUUUCAAAGAGAAUUAAACGCAUAUUUAUAAAUUUCUAUUGAAAGUGAUCUAUGUCAGUCAAAAUGUGCUUCCUAUCUAAACUGAAAUAUGUUUUUCAAUAAAGUUACACACAUUAACUUGUAUAUUUAGUGACAGCGUUAUGAUGGCGCUAGAUCGCUCAUGUUACGGAUUUCUAACAUUUUACUAUUUAAGUCAGUAUAAAAUAUGACACAUUUAGGUGCGGCCAGUUUGGACCAAAGUGGCGAAGUUUGAACACACUUUUAAAGGCUCUAUAAAGGUGACAAAUCCAUUUAUUAUGCAUAUCAAAUGGUCUGAUUUUUACCGGAUUUCAGUUACUCUUGCAUAAAAACUGCUAAUAAAAAAGCUUAGGUACAACAAUUAUGGAAGAUAAACCCGUUUCAUAAUUGAGAGAACUGUUUACAGUUUUGCAACUAACGUGAUGUGUAGCCUCAGAGCGGUGACAUAUGCUAAAAUUAGCCGAAAGAAAAUUUAAUUUUAAUUCUAUUUUAAACAACUUUUUACCAGCAGAAAGUAACAUAUUAGAUCACUACAAACGUUUAAACCAUUUAGAAGAGACCUACUUUGUAGGUGAUACCGGAAAACGUUAAAAAUCAUCGUUAAAUUUUUGGUGACCUGAGUCACUUUCACUUUCUCUUUUCCGAGUAGAAUGUAAAUAAAGUGAUUGUUUGUAAACACAAUUGACUUGGAGGACACUUUAUUUUGAGCUCAUAACAACUUGUAUUGCUCAUUUUUUAUGGUAAUGUUCAAUAGCGUAUAUAUAUUGUUUUUUAAUAACCUUUAUAAAUAAAAUAUGAAAAAAAAUAUUUAAAAAUCGGUAAAUAAUUACGGAUCUUCACCUUUAUAGAGCCUUCAGAGAACCACUAGACGAUGUUACACCCGAAAUAUAAAAUCCCUGACUCGUUUGGUCCCAGCUGUUAAGAUAAAGAGUUAUUUAAUAUUUAGGUAUAUAUCAAUCAGGUGACCAAGAUGAUUUGAACAAACUUUGUAGACGACCACUUCACAAAGUUUCACACCAAGUAUUUUACAUCUGACCCUUGUUGCUAUGGAUGAGAUUGUUGAAUGAUGUUAAUUGGUUUUAGUCUAUGUUUCUUAAAAUAUCCGUAAUUUAAUAUUUCGUUAUGUUAAUUGUCACGUCUACAUCUGUCAUUAAUGAAAAAAAAUGAUAUUGAUAAAAACUCUAUAGAAUAAAAUUAAAUACAUCCUCAAAAAGUAUAAGAUUAUGAACCCUAUGUUUACCACAACGACUUGAUUAUAUGAAAUAAUACAAUUUAUUUAAUCUAAUGUUAACUCUUUACCCCACCAUUAAUAUAACCACUGCAUAAUUUCUUAUUUGGAUACGCUUAUUUUUCAUAGGGUUAAAUGUAUAUUUUUUACAUAAUAGCAAUUUAAGGAAUCUAUCAGCAAUGCGCAUAUAUUAUUUAAAAGUGAGAAUAUAUUCAUCGCCACAAUUAAUAGUGUCAUAGUGCCAUAGUGUGAAAACGAUUUUAUCCCAUUUUCACCGCGACAUUGACGGUAUAACACGUUGUGGAAUAUACUUGCUUGUAUUCAACACUGUGGAAUAUACCUGUCGCGUGCACGGACUACUUUUUAAAUGACGUCAUGCGAUAUGCGCUAAAAUUAGGUCGAAAUUGUUUGGUUCAUUGAUCGAAUUUUAAGGUCACCCAUGAAAAGAAAAUGUGCAUAUUUUGCAGAAAAAAAUAUAUAUGAUAUAUUCACCAAAAGAAAUGUUGAAAUAAAAUAUCAAAUUACACGAUUUUUGUUUUGUUAUUUUUUUAUGUAUAUUUACUUUACCACUGAAUGAUUUUUCAUAAGAAACAAAGUCGACAAAACUUGAGCUUCAAAAUUAUACGACCUUCAACCUUUAAAUCUAGUCAUAUGACAUUAUUUAGUGUAAUGUGCAUUGUUUAUAACCAAAGCAUAUACUUUUGACAUUUAACUUAAAUAUUAAGAAUGUACAACAAGCCAUACACAUAUCGCACAGUUCAUGAAUAAUCUGCUAUGUUUGCUUUCCUAUUUAAUUCACGUUAGGCAUAGAGCUGUGUAAAGUAUAAGAUGGUAAAAAUAGCACCACACUGGAAUUGGGAACGUCCCAUUUGUACACGGGUAUUUUCUACUCAUACAUCUGUUGUGUACUUGAAUGUUUUCCAUUCUUUGUGUAUUUAUAUAUUAGAUUAUUUUUUCGUACAAUAAGGGCAUUUACCAUAGAUAAAUAAAACAUUGUGCAAGUUUAAACAUAAUUAUGUUUAUAUGCAGAAAUCUGCAAAUGCAACCGAGUUUACCAACGGCUAUUAUUAGAUAAACUGCUCCGGUUCAUUUGAACAGCAGUAAUGUAGAGUACAUGACGUAGCGUGUGACGAAGAAGAAAGUUUAUCGCGUUCAUAUACUCAUUUGAAUAAAGUGAUAGAAUGGCAUAAGGGUCUUUAUUUAACUAUGCUAAAAUAAUUAUUAAAGACCCUAGAUGCAAAAUCGUCAAUAAUUGAGUUAAAUGGAUUAUUAGAUGGAUUUUAAAGGAUAAUUAAAGGUAAGAUACUAGUUCUUACAUGUUUUGAUUUUUGAUUGUACUUUUGUCGUUCCCUGAUCUCGGGGAAAUGAUUUUAACAUGGCCAUGGGCGCCAUUGAUGCAUCGGAUCACACACGGCAUACCCAUAACAUUAUAUAAAAAACACGUUCUGCGCGUCCUGAAAUUCGUCGUCCGAAGUCGGAAAACGUAUUGCCCUGUAUAUUUUGUCAAAUAAAGUGUCAGUCGCUGCAAUUGUCUGUUUACUCGUCAAAAUUGUCAAGGUCUUCGAUAGCUAAAGAAACUUCAGCGUACAGUUUAUUUAGUAUUGACAGACCUGUACAAAGUCGCGCCAGUCAAAAAUCAUAAAAAGCGACAUUUAAAGUAAUGGUAGCCAGAACUAGGUCGUCGAUGGUGUACAUGUAUGUUGACAUCGACAGCAUUUUGUCAGGAGUAAUGGCCGCCAGAUUGGAUUUUGAUCAUUUUCUUUCGAAAAUAAAAUAAAUUAUAGUAAAGUAAAAUCUUCUUUUCGCGGUCGUAAUGUGUUAAAAUUCGCAUACUGCGUAAAAUUGAAUGUAUGCAUAUGGUGAUAUUUUUACUUGUUUUACAGUUUGUGUGUGAAUUUUUUAAAGACUAUUUCGCGUACCAGAACAAAUACAUGUAUAUCACUACGCAUGGUUACAUUUGUUAGAUUUUAAGCGCUUUAAUGACGGAAUUAAAAUUAUUGUUAAGGUUAUUAGAUCUAUUUAUGUUAAACGUCACGUUGAAAAAAUCAAAUGGGAUAAAUAGAAUACUAGGAUUAGCGUUGAAUACAGAGAAGUUUAUGUUGCUCGGCUCGAACACCGAAAG